AUGAAGUACGGAACUGCUCUUGUGGCCAUCGCCGUUGGCCUCGCCUCGGCCCGCGAUGUGCCCACUUACUCCCUCCGAGCCACCAAGCGCGAGGUUCCCCAGGAACACUCGCACGAGGCCGUCCUGCGCGCCUGCAACGUCGCCCUCAAGCUCAACAACCCAAACAACAUCCUCGACUGCGUGUUCCCCCUCCUCGGCAACGCCGCCGCCGCCAACGGCGCCGGUGACAUCUCGGCCGACCGCCUCGACUGCCUCCAGCAGAUCGUCGCCGACCAGGCUCUCACCAACGCCAAGGCCGCCAACGACCUCGACUUGGCCAUCAACGCCAUCCUCUUCCGUGCCCUCGAGCGUAACACCUUGACCGUCGGCGAGGCUUCCCCCCUCUGCAACGAGACUCCUGUCAAUGCCGAGCUCGUCAACAUCAACCAGCACCAGGACCCUGCUUCUGCCGAGGCGGCCAACAACGCCGAGGUCGAGCUCGAGGUCGCCAAAGCUUUGUUCUCCAUCGGGGCUGACCCGCUUCUUGCUCUGCAGAGCGGCACCUUUGCCCCUGGUGAGAUUGGCGACCCUACUGCUGCUGGUAACACCUGCAACGACGAGAACGAUGCGAUCGGGUGCAUCAUUUCCCAGAACCUUUUGGUGCCUGCUGUUUCGGAGGCCGACAUCCUCGCCGCUGUUGGCGAUCAGGAGGUCUGCGAGCCUGUUGUUGAUGACGAGCCUGCUGUCGAGGAGCCCCCGGCUGUCGAGGAGCCCCCCGUUGACGAGGAGGAGGUCUGCGAGCCGGUCGUUGAAGAUGAGGAGCCACCCGUCGUUGAGGAACCCCCCGUUGAGGAGGUCCCCACCGGCACUGUGAACGUCCAGACCUUCACCGGCGCCCUCGGCGGCCCUGCCCCCGCCGUCAUCUCCGACCCUGCUUCCAACCGCCCCUUCUCCGUCAACGGAAACACCUUCCUCCAAGCCGGCGCCGCCAUCCAGCGCUCGUGCGCCAUUCAGAAGAACGCCUGCGCCAACGCUGCUAACUCUGGUCAGAUCCAGGGUGGUGCUGGACAGUGCGACCAACAGGAGGCCGCUUGCUUGGCUGCUGCUCGUCGUCGCAAGGCUCGCCGUUCCGUCGUCGGUCGCCGCCAGAAUGUCCUGGACUUUGGGAGCUGCGGCAGCCCCGCUAUUCAGUUCGCUGCUGGGCUUGACGGGCGUCAGGAGGAGAGCUUCCAGCCUGUGAACGCGGCUGAUUUCUCGCAUGGGUCUGCGCUCAACAUUGAUAUUAUUUCGUUCUUUGUCUGCCAGAGGCUGGAUAGUGCGUGCAAGGCUAGCCCCGAGACGAUCGAGGCUUGUGAGGAGGGCGCGGCGGCUGCUAGUCAGGCUGAGGGUGCUCAGGCUGCUAGCGUGUUUAAUGCUGCUUUGGGGUUGUGA